AUGCAAUCAUCCCAGAAUAAGCCACUACCCCGUGCAGUCGACGACCGCAGGCGAGGAAGCGCACACUAUUAUUCGGAGUACGAACAAAUCGACCAACCUACAGCUCAACGCUCACCGACACGAGAGGUUCCCAUUUCUCAACCAACACAACGUCAACAACGCAUGAUGCAAAUAGAGCCGGCGAGACAGCCAGUCGCAAAUAAUGCCUCGCUCCGGCGAGGGGCUCCCAAUGGCAUGCCAGCAGGACCAUCUCCACCCUACCCAGGCCCAGGUCCGCACGAGGAGCUUCUGAGUAAGACGAAUGAGGCAAUUAAGCAGCGCCAACUAGAGCAACAACAACAACCCAGACGUCGUGGGUACAGACGAACCGACGAGUCAGGUGACGAUGCCGAUGUAGCUGCUACCAAUCUACCGUUUGAUAGCAGAGACGCUCCUCCACCAUCUCAAUCUGCACCACAUUCGAAUCAAUCACCUCCCAAUACCAGAACUAGAGUCAACCCUGCCCCUCCCCAAUCCGGUCCAGAGCCCCAGCGAGGAUCGCCGCGCAAGGGAGAAAGUGCUCAAACCGCGGCGGGUAACUCUAUCCCCCGCCUCAACAGCCCCACCAUCAUGUCCAGCGUUCUUCAACCCUUAGAUGGCAAGAUCAACGAAUACGGCAGCCAGAUGAACGACGCACACGCUGAAAUGGCUCGACUGGACGCUGAGAUGGCCGCACUGCAAGAGAGGCGGCGAGAGGCUGAGAAGCGGUACAUGGCUGCCAAGACGAAACACGAUGACUAUCGUCGACAGUACCAGAGUGUUGAGAGAGCGAUGAGAGGAGAGCCAGAUAUGGCGUUUUCGAGAUUGAGUAUGGAGAGUGAGAGGCCGUCGACGCAGCAAACUGCGCAGCAGCCACCGACUCCUGGGGGGAUGCACUCUCGUACUGAGUCUUGGAACUCGUUUAAUGAGCCUAAGAGAGAGUCUGGAAGUCGGUUUCGGAUUAGUAAAUUGUUUGGAUGA